UUAUUGCGACAGGAUCGACUUGUCAUUUUGUGAUGUAACUGACAUUGUAUUAAUUCCGCGUUUCGAGUUAGGGAUAAUUUUUAAGCCAUGCCUCGCCAACCACUGGCUCCUCUCACCGAGGAGGAAAAAUUCAAAUUACACGAACAACAAGAACAAGAACUUGGUUGUUUACAGCGCCAAUACACCCUUCUGGAAAAAGACCGCGACCAAAUCGCCUGUGGCGCCAAACUGAUGCGCUUUGAUCGAGUUCUCUCAAUUUACCAAAAAGAGCACGCAAACAUUGAAACCGAUCUAGAAGUAGCAAGUGCUCCUGCCAAGAAAAACCAAGACCUCAAAGACUCCAACAACCUAUCACAGCUGAUCGUAGACCACGAAUUUUACGCAGACGAAGUCAAAAAAGAACGGAAAUACAUACAAGAAAUUGAGGGUCAAAUCAAAAACGUUGAAAAGCAAGUGACGCAACUGCGAUCGCAACAAAUCACAGACAAACAACACGAGGAGCGAGUCUGGGCCGCAAUUACCACAAUCGACCAACUGAUGAACAAACUGGACGUUCAGAACAAAAAAUUCGGGGUACUUUGUGCCAAAAACCGCGACAUGAAGCUGGAAAUUGACCGAAUGUUGUGGGAACGAGACGUUUUCAUGGGCAUUUGGAACAAGAUGAUUGAUAAGUUGGUGAUGGGGAAAAAAUUUAUGAUGGAUUUGAUUGAACAAGCGACCAUUGCUUACGAUCAGAGGGAAGAGUGGUGUUCCAAGUUGCAAGCCUUGAGGCUUAAAGCACACCACGAUUUUAUUCUUCACGUCCAGGAAAUGCGAGAAUUGAAACGAAAACAAGACAAUGAUAAAAAAUUGGAGGAGUUUUUUUAUGUCAAAGGACAAAAGCGGAUCAUGAGGGAUCUGAUGAGGAAGGAACAGUUCAAGAGGAUGCAGAACAAAAUCAAGCUCAAAGACCGGCUGAACGAAUACAAAAAAUACAUGAACGAGAUUUUGGAGUUUGCCAACGAGCAGCAAGUUCAAGAAAUCGCACGAAAAUACUACGCACAAGAGGCCGAAAAUUUCAGUUUGUUCAAACGCCUCAACAAUCUCAUCCAAGAACUGGAGUUUCUUGGUGACGAACUAGACACAGCUCAGACAAGCAUUGACCAAGAGAGAGAACUGCAUAAUGCGAGAGCCCAACAACAAAAAAAUAAUUUGCAAAGUUUGGAAAACACCUUACAAUUGGCCACUCAAGAAGUAGAAGCAGCCGAGCAAGAACUCAAAGGUGUUGAAGGCUAUAUUAACCAAAUGUUAACCGGGAUUGAGACGCUUUUCAAAAUCUGCCGCUGUAAUAACGAUCCUGUUUUGCAACUUCUGGGCAACAAUGCAACCAUCAACGUUUACAACGCGUUUUUCUACCUGGAACAGGUCGAAAAAGCCGUUCAUGAAGCCCUGAUUGCGGUUUAUUCCAACGAAACUAAAAAGAAACUUCCAGGAGCGCAGAGAACCGUCAAGGAUAACAGGACUAAAGGAGAGCUGCGAAAUGUCGAACAGUUUGGAGUGUCAAAUCCUUGUCCUUUGUGCAUUGAAUACGAAAUGGUGGGUGAUGUAAUUGACUCCUUACAGCACGUUUUGACGAGAGAUCAAGCCAAAGCAGCUCUAGCCGAGCGUUUGAAAUCGCCGGAAAUGGCCGAAAAAUUGCACAAUGUUUCCGCUUGUUAUUUACCCAAAUCGCGAGAAAUUAUCCAGAAACGGUACCAGUGACUGCGAGCUGGCUUUAGUUAAUAAAUUUUGAUCAAAGUU